AGACCGCGGGAAGCUGCUCGAGAACUAGUACACCCCUGCGCAGGCCGGCCCUAGAGGCCUGCCGGACGCGCCAUGACCGCCGGGAGAGUCUGGGGCUGGGCCGCGGGGGUCCUCGGCGUGGUCUGCCUGGUGCUGCAGUUCGACUCCAUCAGCUGUGAUCCCCAGAGGAUGUUUGGAAUUGCGAACAAGAGCGUAACUUUCUAUGUAGCAAGGUCCGUACACAUUACAGAGAUCAUGUGGACAAAAAGUAAGGAUAAAGUCAUCGAAUGGGAAGCAGGCUCCCCCGUCCACGUUUUCCCACCUUUUGUAGAUAGAGUUCAUUUAGACACCACGUCAGGAAGCCUUACCAUCUUCAAUCUGACAUCAUCGGAUGAAGCUGAGUAUAGAAUUGAAUCUCCGAGCUUUGGUGACAUCUUGUUUACUCUGAAUGUGAUUGAUCCCCUUCCAUCUCCAACACUAAAUUGCACCUCGACUGCUGAAGAUAUUACAGUCCGUUGCAGGAUCCCGGAAUCUUACAACCACACAGAAUUUUUAAACUACUCAUGGAAUUGCUUUUCAGCACCGUGUGAAAAUAGCUCCGAUCCGUCUGAAGUGUUGAUUAAGAAGAAAAAUGAUCUCUCACAGGAAAUACAGUGUAUUGUUAGCAACCCAUUGUCCAAACAGACAUCAUCGCUUGCUUUAGCAACCUGUGUCCCAAACAGUCAGUCAAGGCACAAUUUUGUGAUUAUACCAGCAGUAGUCCUCGUAGCAGGAGUGGCAUUUUUUUUGCUGUUUAGAAAAGGUUGUCUGAAACGUGGCAGAAACACAGAGAGAACCGAGUGACAGGCCGAUGCUCAGAGCGAUGAAGCAACUUGCCCAAAGACGAGCAGCAAGCUCUUGCCACAAGCGUACCCAGACCCUGUCCCUCUGGCCCAAGAGCAAGUUCUUGCCGUAAACCUUGCUGCUUGUUGAAGGGAUGAAAUUCCUCCUCCCAUCCUGUUGCUACAGAUGUUAUGUAAGGUGCGCACACCUGCAAAACACCUGGCCGGUCCUCUCGCGGUGGUAAGUACUUCUGUGAAGACCCAUCUCAUCUGAACCUCAGGAAAACGGUGAGUGAGAUGGUGUUGCCCCAUUUUGCAGAGAGGGGAACAGGUGUAGUGACCUAAAACGGUAUGUCCAAAGUUACCUAGCAAGUUGGGAGACGUGAAGCUGGGCCGGAGGCCUGUCCCGACGCUGCAUCACCCAGCCCAAGACAGGAUUGCAAACCCUUGGACGGCCCGCCCCCGGUCAAGCCACUUACCCCACACUUCUUACCAUAGCAGCGAAAUGCUACCCAAUGUAUGGUGAAAGGGGUGGGCUCCUCCAUGUCUGCUGACCCCCACACUCACCCCCAACCCCAGAUAUUUCAAUCACAGAAUAACUGACUGAGUCACACAGAGAGCUGGAUAUGACCCAACAGGGCAGCUCCCCACUCUCCCAUUGACAGCACGUGGACUUCCGCCCCUGGUGACUGACUCGCCGGGCUGGGUGACCCCGUGCAUCCUCCCCGUGAAACGCCGGCGGCCCUUCCCUCGCGGGGGGCACACUGAAUGCGUGGGCCACAGGGCACUGUGGCUUCCCUGUUGACCUGAAUGUCACCUGCAGUGACAUGUGUUUUCCCCCAAGCCUGUUCCAUGCUGGAGUGCUUCAAAGAAUGUCACAUAAACUGGGGAAAUGUGGGUGUGAAAGAAAGAGUUAUUGUUUCUGCCAGAACCAAGCUGACAGCAGAGACUUAAUAAAGGAGAGAUCCUAAAAUAAGGUUAUUGUUGGAUUGGAUGGAGGCAAGACAACGGGAAGGAUCGGAGGCAAAGCAUGGUAUCUAAAAGGUUCCUGUACUCAACUUGUUUUCAGGUGUCUAAGUUCACGCUCCGCUCUGUGGAAACCAAAGUCAGAAAUUGUAGACAAUGCAUCCAGGGUGUGAUUUUUGUACACAGGCACGGUACGGCAGAACUCCCAAAAAAAAAAAAAAUAGACAUAUUCUCAAUGCAAAGGCCUUGACUCUAUGUCAAACUACUGGUGAAGGAAUGUACACGUGUAUGUUUUGGGUUAACAAAAUGUUCAAGAUACGUAUAUGUAAUUCAAAUUUUCUUCUCACGUAUACCCACACACAUGCUUUUACAUUAAUAGAGAAAUGGGAUUAUGUGA